AGGUGUCUAUAAAAAUUAGACGCCCAACACAAAGUCAGCAUGCUUUUUCUUACAAUAAUAAUCACAAUGCAAAGAAGAGUUGACAUCCAGGAUGCGCCCCUCUACAGCGGGUACAGCUUCGAUAUGUGGCACGACUACAUGGAUCUGAGCAAAGUACUGGAGAAGCUGUGCUACCCGCGUGAAGAGGACAGCGGAGACCCGAAGAAAGAACUAUCUGCGAUGCAGUGGAGCUACAUCAAAGACUCAUCACUGAGGAAAUUUAAACUCUCCAAGAGCUCUGCAGAGAGCAGCUCGGCCAGCAGCCUGUCGGACACCAGCAGCGGAACUCAUACGGAUUACUGUCGCUUCUGCAAGCAGAACGGGGAGUCUUCGCGGGUGUAUUGGUCACACACUCUCAAAUCAGACAACGGGAAAGUCACCUGCCCCAUCCUCCGCAAUUACAUCUGUCCCAUUUGUGAGGCCACGGGGGACCACGCUCACACACGCAGGUACUGCCCGCAGGCACAGCGGCGUGAUGACGCGAGUACGCCCGGGUUCGAGUCCCGGUAACUAAUGACAGACAAGAUGACACUGAAAAAGACUGUACAUAAUUCCCAAAGAUUGUUGCUGAAACGUUUAAAUGUUUGUUCUGAACGUUUUUAUAACUUCUAAAAAGACUGUUUAUGAACGUCAUGUUACUCGGACUGUUUCCGUUGAGCAUCAGUCUGCUGCAAACAGUCCGCCUGCAGUUCUCGCAGCUCCCUCUUGAAUUCUAAACGUUUAUUAAACAUGAUAAAUGUGUAUAUAUAAAAAAAACACGAGAAAAGCUG